ACUACCACUCUGGCAUAGUUCACGAGAUACCACGUGCCCCGGUGUCGCACGUCCAAAACACACACACAAACAUGAAGUUCUUGGUAGUAACUUGCGCCGUCCUGUCUCUAGCAGCAGCUCUUCCCCAAAGAAGAGUGCAGCUGAGACCGCAGCCGGAGCCCCAACAACAACAGCAGAUUGACGACCAACAACAGGCAGAACAGAACUACAACGCUUACCAGCAGCAACCCCAGGAGUACAGACAACAGCCUCAAGCACAACAACAACAGCAGCAAAAUGAAUACCAGCCACAACAGUUCAGAAAACCAGUGGACGUAGACUUCAGAGGCAAAGUUGAGCUCGACACUACCACCUUUAUCCCCAUCAUCCGUUUCGACAAAGAACAAGGAACUGAUGGAAGCUACAAAACUGCAUACGAAACUGGUAACAACAUUCAGGCUGAAGAAUCAGGCUACCUGAAGAGCGUUGGAGAGAACGAUGCCCUGGUCCAACAGGGAACCUACACGUACACCGCCCCUGAUGGCCAGGUCAUCACAGUCGAAUACACUGCUGAUGAAUUGGGCUUCAGAGUGAAGGGAGACCACAUCCCAACCCCACCUCCAGUCUCCCCUGAAAUCCAGAAAGGUUUAGAUCUCAUCUACGCUGGAAUCAAAGCUAACCAGGAGCGAGCUGCUUUAGAAGCAAAGAACAACCCAGAAGCAGCGAGACAACAGGAAGAAAAGGCGGCGCUUGACUACAAGGGACAGUACUACCAGCAAUAGACUUUUAGACUAAGUAUUUAGGCAUCAAGUACAUAUCGAUACGAGUGAGCUAGAAUUGUGGCCAUACUUGUAUUAGCACUUUUUGUUUACACAAACAUGCAUUAGCGUGUUUCACAGCAUAUUUUUUAAACUGUAUGGUUGCAAUUCAAGGUUGAUCGUGACUCCUGUUAAUUGUAUUAGCAAGUGACUAAGGUACUUUAAUAUUUCUUCAUUCGAUUACUUUCAAUUUUAUAGGUACGUAUUGCCAGUAUUAUAUAAAAUUACUGAUACAAUCGAAAGAUGAUUGUGUACAAACAUAGUUUAUGAUUUCUAAAAUAAUGUAAUUAUUUUCAAAUUAAUAUUCAAAAUUAAUUUCCACUUAAGAAUUAGGCAUGGUAUUAGGCUUUAAAUUGUUUUGUUUAUUGUAACGAUUUAACGUGCCAAUCGAUAAAAUUUUAAACGCAGACAUAUUUUUGUAGAUCAGUACCGAAGUCAACAAUAUUUUUGAAUGUGAUAAAAUUAGUAUCAUAGUUAAGUGUUCAUAUUUUAUAUUUUUUAUACUUUUGUACAUACCUUAUUAACUUAUGAUUAUGACUGUGUUGAAAAAGAAUAAAAAUGUUACAGAAAUUA